AUGUCUCUUACUCCACAACAAGCCACAUUUAACUCAGCCAGCGUCAAGAAUUUCAAGAAAGUUAGCAAUAUGACUUCUGGCAAUGACAACAAUAACUAUAAUGACUCCUCUACUAUAGUGGGUUUGCACUACAAAAUAGGGAAGAAAGUUGGCGAGGGGUCCUUCGGUGUGCUAUUUGAAGGUAUUAACAUGAUCAAUAAUAUGCCUGUAGCCAUCAAAUUCGAGCCUAGAAAGACGGAUGCCCCGCAAUUAAAAGACGAGUACAGAGCUUAUAAGAUUCUGUCUGGAACACCUGGCAUACCUCAAGCGUACUAUUUCGGUCAAGAAGGUCUACACAAUAUUCUAAUUAUCGAUCUGUUAGGUCCUUCUUUAGAAGAUUUGUUUGAUUGGUGUGGAAGGAGAUUUUCUAUUAAGACUGUAGUUCAAGUUGCAGUACAAAUGAUCACUUUAAUCGAGGAUUUACAUGCUCACGAUCUUAUUUACAGAGAUAUUAAACCUGAUAAUUUUCUCAUCGGCAGACCGGGACAACCAGAUGCUAAUGACAUUCAUAUGAUUGAUUUCGGUAUGGCCAAGCAAUAUAGAGACCCAAAGACGAAACAACAUAUCCCAUACCGUGAAAAGAAGUCCUUAAGUGGUACUGCUCGUUAUAUGUCUAUAAAUACACAUCUGGGAAGGGAACAAAGUAGAAGAGACGACAUGGAGGCACUAGGCCAUGUAUUUUUCUAUUUUUUAAGAGGCCAAUUACCUUGGCAAGGACUCAAGGCGCCAAAUAACAAGCAAAAAUAUGAAAAAAUUGGUGAAAAGAAACGAGUGACAAAUGUUUACGAUUUGGCACAAGGAUUACCAAUUCAAUUUGGACGUUAUUUGGAAAUUGUAAGAAAUUUAUCGUUUGAUGAAACACCAGAUUACGAAGGUUACAGACAACUUUUAUUGUCCAUCUUAACUGAUCUUGAUACCGAAGCAGAUGGUGAAUAUGACUGGAUGAAGCUAAAUGGUGGUCGUGGUUGGGAUCUUACGAUAAAUAAGAAACCAAAUCUUCAUGGUUAUGGACAUCCAAAUCCACCAAAUGAAAAGGCAAGAAGACAUAAACAGUCACAGGCUGGUGCUCAGGCAAACUUACAAAAGCAACAGCAACAACAAUUAGAAGAUCAAGCAAAUAAUAUCGACCCAACAUCAUAUGAAGCAUAUCAGGAACAAACAAGACGCAAAUAUGAACUAGAACAAGAGCAAAAGGCACACAACCAUCACCCUCAUCAAAAUAAUCUUAAUGCCUAUCAAAGACAAAAUGUACCAAAUGCCGCCGCUGUCAAUAUCAACAAUCAUAAUAUUAAUAAAAACACGCAUGCGCAAUAUAGCGCUCAAAACAAUAAUGUAAAUUAUCAAAGACAACAACAAGCACAGCAAAAUAAUUUAGAUAUUCAUUCAGUAGAGACUAGGAAAGGAUUCUUCAGUAGAUUGGGAUGCUGCUAA